CUAAUAAUAACAACAAAAGACCUAUAAUGACCUCGAUAAGUACGCCUACUACAAUGUUGACCAAUAAUUUAGUAGAAGACCCAUGGUCAGAAAUACCUAUAAUAAGUAAAAAAGACCUGAUAUCAAAACAAUCACCGAGUCAUCAAGAUAACUUUGUACCUGGAAUGAGUUCUAUUGAAGUGCCUAUCAUUACUACCGAGCCUUCUAUAAGCUCACCUUUAAUUGUAAAAACUCAAGAUAUUGAACCCCAAAAACGUAGAGCGUUUGCAGAUUUGAUUGCAAGUUGGAAUACAGGACAAAGAAAUAAAAAUAUAGAAGAUUCUAAUCAUAGUCAUCAGUUUUUUGAACAUAUUGCAGAAGAAAGUCGAGAUAUAGGAUUUGCAGGUAUUGAAGGAAAUAAAGAUAAUACCUCUCAUAGUCAGAAUCAAGUUAUACCACCUAUUAUGGAUUGGACUGAAGAAGAGAAUCCAUGGAAUUGAAUGUUAUAAUAAUAAUAAUAAUAAUAAAAAAGGAAAAAGAAAAGUAUGUAUGAAGGAUAAUUCAUUCUUUUCUUG